GCGCGGCGGCGGCGGCGGCGGCGGCGGCGGCGGCGUCGGCGGCGGUGCUUCCGCCUGGCCGGCCUCGGCCCGAGGCGAGCAGCCCGACGAUGUGGCUGGGCCCGGAGGAGGUGCUGGUGGCCAACGCGCUGUGGGUGACGGAGCGGGCCAACCCCUUCUUCGUGCUGCAGCGGCGCCGCGGCCACGGCAAGGGCGGCGGCCUCACGGGUCUUCUCGUGGGCACCCUGGACGUGGUGUUGGACUCCAGUGCCCGCGUGGCCCCUUACCGAAUCCUGCACCAGACCCAGGACUCGCAGGUCUACUGGACAGUGGCAUGUGGUUCUUCCCGCAAAGAGAUCACCAAGCACUGGGAAUGGCUGGAAAGUAACUUACUCCAGACGCUGUCCAUCUUUGACAAUGAGGAGGACAUCACCACCUUCGUCAAGGGCAAGAUCCACGGCAUCAUCGCAGAAGAGAACAAGAACCUGCAGCCCCAGGGAGAUGAGGACCCUGGGAAAUUCAAGGAGGCCGAGCUGAAGAUGCGGAAGCAGUUUGGAAUGCCCGAGGGGGAGAAGCUGGUCAACUACUAUUCCUGCAGCUUCUGGAAGGGCCGCGUGCCCCGCCAGGGCUGGCUCUACCUGACCGUCAACCACCUGUGCUUCUACUCCUUCCUGCUGGGGAAGGAAGUGAGCCUGGUGGUACAGUGGGUGGACGUCACAAGGCUGGAGAAGAAUGCCACGUUGCUCUUCCCGGAGAGCAUCCGUGUGGACACCCGGGACCAGGAGCUCUUCUUCUCCAUGUUCCUCAACAUCGGUGAGACCUUCAAGCUCAUGGAGCAACUGGCCAACUUGGCCAUGCGGCAGCUGCUGGACAGCGAGGGCUUCCUGGAGGACAAGGCGCUGCCCCGGCCCACCCGGCCACACAGAAACAUCUCAGCUCUGAAGCGAGACCUGGAUGCCCGAGCCAAGAACGAGUGCUACCGGGCCACCUUCCGCCUGCCCAGGGACGAGCGUCUGGAUGGCCACACGGGCUGUACCCUGUGGACCCCGUUCAACAAGCUGCACAUCCCUGGCCAGAUGUUCAUCUCCAGCAACUACAUCUGCUUCGCCAGCAAAGAGGAAGACGCCUGCCACCUCAUCAUACCCCUGCGGGAGGUGACCAUUGUCGAAAAAGCUGACAGCUCCAGUGUCCUGCCCAGCCCCCUGUCCAUUAGCACCAAGAGCAAAAUGACCUUCCUGUUCGCCAACCUGAAAGACCGCGAUUUCUUAGUUCAGAGGAUCUCUGACUUCCUCCAGAAAAUGCCGUCCAAGCAGCCAGGAGGCAGCGGUGGGGGAAGGAAAGCCAGCACCGUGGACCCGGCCCCGGAGCACUCCCCAGCUCCUGCAGAGGUAUCAGAUCAGCCCACCAGACCCACCACACCUCUGGGGGGCCGCCAGAGCUCCAUUGUGCAGGAAGCCCCGACCGCAUCCCAGGGGUUGCUUAAACUCUUCCAGGGAAACUCACCCAUGGAGGACCUGGGGGCCAAGGGGGCCAAGGAGAAGAUGAAAGAGGAGUCGUGGAACAUUCACUUUUUUGAAUACGGGCGUGGCGUGUGCAUGUACCGCACGGCCAAAACGCGGGAGCUGGUGCUGAAGGGCAUCCCUGAGAGCCUCCGCGGGGAACUGUGGCUCCUCUUCUCUGGGGCCUGGAACGAGAUGGUGACGCACCCUGGCUACUACACUGAGCUGGUGGAGAAGUCCACAGGGAAGUCCAGCCUGGCCACAGAAGAGAUCGAGCGGGACCUCCACCGCUCCAUGCCCGAGCACCCCGCCUUCCAGAACGAGCUCGGCAUCGCUGCCCUCCGGCGGGUGCUGACUGCCUACGCUUUCCGAAACCCCACCAUCGGCUACUGUCAGGCCAUGAACAUCGUCACCUCCGUGCUCCUGCUCUAUGGCAGUGAGGAGGAAGCCUUCUGGCUGCUGGUGGCCCUCUGUGAGCGCAUGCUGCCUGACUAUUACAACACCAGGGUGGUGGGGGCCCUGGUGGACCAAGGCAUCUUCGAGGAGCUCACGAGAGACUUCCUGCCGCAGCUGUCCGAGAAGAUGCAGGACCUGGGGGUGAUCUCCAGCAUCUCCCUGUCCUGGUUCCUGACCCUCUUCCUCAGUGUCAUGCCCUUCGAGAGCGCUGUGGUCAUCGUUGACUGCUUCUUCUACGAGGGCAUCAAGGUGAUCCUGCAGGUGGCCUUGGCCAUCCUGGAUGCCAACAUGGAGCAGCUGCUGGGCUGCAGCGACGAGGGCGAGGCCAUGACCGUCCUGGGCAGAUACCUGGAUAACGUGGUCAACAAGCAGAGUGUUUCUCCUCCUAUCCCACACCUCCAUGCCCUGCUGACUAGUGGGGAUGACCCGCCAGCAGAAGUGGACAUCUUCGAUCUCCUGAAAGUGUCCUAUGAGAAAUUCAGCAGCCUGAGGGCCGACGACAUCGAACAGAUGCGGUUUAAACAGAGGCUGAAAGUGAUCCAGUCCUUGGAGGACACAGCCAAGCGGAGCGUGGUCCGAGCUAUACCUGGGGACAUUGGUUUCUCAAUUGAAGAGCUGGAGGACCUUUACAUGGUGUUUAAGGCCAAGCACCUGGCAAGUCAGUACUGGGGGGGCAGCCGGCCCACAGCUGUGCGUCGGGACCCCAGCCUGCCCUACCUGGAGCAGUACCGCAUUGAUGCAAGCCAGUUCCGGGAGCUCUUCGCCAGCCUGACACCCUGGACCUGCGGCGCCCACACGCCAGUCUUGGCCGGGCGCAUGUUCCGGCUCCUGGAUGAAAACAAGGACUCUCUGAUCAACUUCAAGGAGUUUGUGAUGGGGAUGAGUGGGAUGUACCAUGGGGACCUGACAGAGAAGCUCAAGGCACUCUACAAGCUGCACCUGCCCCCAGCCCUGAGCCCAGAGGAGGCAGAGUCAGCCCUGGAAGCGACCCACUACUUCACCGAGGACAGCUCCUCAGAAGCAUCUCCUCUGGCCUCAGAUCUGGACCUUUUCCUGCCCUGGGAGGCUCAAGAAACACUCCGGCAGGAAGAGCAAGAGGGAGCUGGAAAUGACGACAGCCAAGAAAAAAGAGAGGAGAAGGGGACCAGCCCUCCCGACUAUCGGCACUACCUUCGCAUGUGGGCCAAAGAGAAAGAGGUUCAGAAGGAGACGAUUAAGGAUCUUCCCAAAAUGAACCAGGAGCAGUUCAUUGAGCUGUGCAAGACGCUGUACAAUAUGUUCAGCGAGGAGCCCAUGGAGCAGGACUUGUACCACGCCAUCGCCACGGUGGCCAGCCUGCUGCUCCGCAUCGGCGAGGUGGGGAAGAAGUUCUCCGCCCAGCCAGGCAGGACGCCCAGGGCUGGUGUCCCCGAGGACGACGAGCCACCAGCCCCUGACCCUGCACAGGACCCAGCCCCGGAGCUUCAGCCUCCAGCUGCGGGUGACCCCCAGGCCAAAGCGGGGGGAGACACCCACCUCGGGAAGGCGCCCCAGGAGAGCCAGGUGGUGGGUGACGGGGGCGGUGGCGAGGGCCGGGGCUCCCCCUCGCAGCUGCUGUCCGACGAUGAAACCAAAGACGACAUGUCCAUGUCCUCCUACUCGGUGGUCAGCACGGGCUCCCUGCAGUGCGAGGACCUGGCUGACGACACGGUGCUCGUGGGCGCGGAGGCCCGCAGCCCCCCGGCCCCCACCCGCGGCGGGGGCACCAUCGACACAGACUGGUGCAUCUCCUUCGAGCAGAUCUUGGCCUCCAUCCUGACAGAGUCCGUUCUGGUGAACUUCUUUGAGAAGAGGGUGGACAUUGGACUCAAGAUCAAGGACCAAAAGAAGGUGGAGAGACAGUUCAGCGCCUCCAGUGACCUCGAACAGUCUGGAGUUUCAGGUUGACGGGGACCUGGCCUGUCUCUCCUCGCACCCCCCUCCCUCCUGUUCUGUUUUCUCCCUCAGGACGCACCCCUCCUGUUCUCCCCAGAUGCAGUGAGUUGUAAAUGGAAAAAAAGGCUGAACAGCCCCAGUUGGGCCCAGACAGAGGCUCCUAGCCCCCUCUUCCUGCCUGCCUGGUGGGACCCGCCUCGGUCCCUGUGUCCUGUCAGAGGCUGUCCGUCCUGGCCUGCUUGCCCAACGCCUCUGUGCCCCGUUCAGUGGCCAGGCACCUUCCACUCCAGCGGGGGGGGGGGG